UUCGUACAGAUACACAAUGGAGAUGACAACCGAAAUUUUGAUGUCGACGAUGAACACGACGAGCAAUGGUACCGUCGAUGACGGCAACGAAGUCGUCACAUUGCUCACCCAAGUCUCCAACAUUCUUGUCCUCGUCUUCCUCAUGAUCUCUAUGGGCUGCACCAUAGAGCUCGAUGAUUUAAAAGAAACGUUUCGCCAUCCAGCUGGUUUCUUUAUCGGGAUGCUAUGUCAGUUCGUCCUGAUGCCCCUCAUCGCUUUCUGUCUCAGUCUUACUUUCAAGCUCGAGAGUGCAGGAGCCCUGUCCGUCCUCAUCCUUGCCUGCUGCCCCGGGGGAACUCUCUCCAACCUAUUUACUUUCUGGACUGGCGGCGAUGUCUGCCUAAGUGUAUGCAUGACAACUGUAUCUACAGCGGUUGCUAUCGGGAUGAUGCCCCUGAAUCUAUUCAUCUAUAGUCGUGUAUGGACGGACGACAAGGCGGUAAUUCCUUACGUCAACAUCGUCACCACUCUUGUUAGCAUUCUCAUUCCCGUUGCUUUCGGGGUGUUUCUCCGCUGGUGGAAGAAGGAAUGGACCAAAUAUAUCACCAGAUUCGGCGUAGUUCUCGCUUUCAUCUUGAUAAUCAUGGUAUGGGUCCUGUUCUUCAUGCUAAACCCGACCUGGCUGAACGCUGGAUGGCAGCUGUGGAUCUGUGCUAUGUUACUCCCCUUCCUUGGCUACGGAUUCGGCUACAGCUUGGCUAUCCUAUUCCGCCAAUCCCAUUUCAAGUGCAGGGCUAUCUCCUUCGAAACGGGAUCGCAGAACGUAUCUCUGGCCACAACAUUAAUCGUGGUGAGCUUUACCGAUUCGCCACUCUUCUUGGACAUGUUGUUCUAUCCGGGUCUCUAUGCAGUCUUCCUCUAUGUAGAUUCGUUCGUCGUCAUUAUCUUGAUGAAAGGAGCGGCCUAUCUUAGAAAGAAACGCAAUUUGGCUACUGAUGAAGGUUAUGACGAAAAUAAGAAUGACAAGAUUGGUUUGGAUAACGAAGGCAUGGCCACAGAUCAAGAAGAUGGGGUGCGGGUAGUGGCCAUGAAGCAAAUAACUGCCGAGAAUUAGGAAAAAUCUGCUGAAGAUGUUGGAGUUUUUAUAAACUGUAGCCUAUAAAAUGUGUCAAAGGAGAGUAGAUCUCUUUCGGGGUUUUAUCAUCUUCUAAGUUCUAAAGUAGGCCUUAAUGUUUUUAUUUACUUGAUUCUGAAAAUUUUAUUUGCAUUGAGUUUUUAAAUGUAUUUUGUAAAUGUAUGAAUGCACAAAUGAAUUUAAGUAUUAUCAAAUUUGUACUAUACAUUGAUCCUCCCGCAUUUGAACUUUGGUAUUAUUUCUUGAGGGGUUGUGCUGAUUUGGAUUUGCAUAGAUUUGUAGUACUGCAGAAAAAAGUGUGAGGAUAGAAAAAAAGGAAAAGGAGAAAAGCGUUGGAAAACGAAUAGGGCUGCUAAUGAUCGGGACAACUAUAAGUCAGUUCGAAAUGCGACGCUGCAACUUCUGAACAAAACUCGUACACAAUACCACAGAGAUCUCAUCCUGAAAAACAAGGAUAAUCAAGAGAAGCUUUUCAGUGUUGUCAAGUCCAUGUUGAACAUGUCAAUUAAGCAACCGUCGAUACCAUGUACUAUUGAUAAACAUGAAUUCGUCAAUGACCUAGGUAAUCAAUUUUUAACAAAGUCUUGAAAAUUCAUAAGAAUAUUGAAACACGUCUAGAUGCAAUUUGUAAACACAGGAAUUAUCCUCUUUCUGACACUUAUAUUUUAAGCGAGUUUAAAUCUCUAUCUGAGUAGGAAGUUGAAAAGCUCGUUGCCAACUUCAGUAAAAAGCCAUGCUAAUUAGACCCCAAACCCACAAAACUCCUCCUUCAAUGUGUCGAUAUACUCAUUCCUGUGUUCACAUCAUUUAUUAAUCUCUCAAGGUCACUUUCUAAUACAAUGGAAAACUGCUCUUAUCACGCCAUCAUUUAAAAAACCCUGGUCUUGAUUGCGGACUUUUAGAACUUACGACCUGUAAGCAAUCUGAAAUACAUAUCAAAGUUGGUCGAGGAUGAAGCUACCAAACAGAUUACGGAUCAUCUUAGACGCAACUCUCUUUUGCCAUGUCUGCAUAUAGACAAUUCUACAGCACUGAAACUGCACUGCUAAGAAUAAAAAGUGAUAUAUUAAUGGCUAUGGAUUCUCAGAAAGUCGCCCUUUUACUAUUAAUGGAUCUAAGGAGUGCAUUUGACACCAUAGGCCAUUCUCGCUUGCUAUAUAGAAACGUUAAAGCCCCGUUUCGGUAUUAAUGGUCUUGUCCAUAAUAUGGAUAGAGUCAUACUUGGCGAAUAGAUAUCAAAAGAUGAAAAUAGAUUAUGUUUACUCUGAUGAUUUCCCGGUGCCCUUUGGCGUCCCACAAGGAUCAAGAUAGGCCCCAUGUUAUUUACAAUGCCGAUCUCAUUUCAAAUGUUCAAACGUGCUUUCCCGAGAUAUCAUAUCACUGCUAUGCUCAUGACACACAGUUUUAUGUAUCAUUCAGUCUCACUGAGCAUGCUCAAGAGCAAGCUGUAUCACUUCUAGAAACAUGUAUUGACUAUGUACGUGGAUGGAUCCUAAAGAAUAGGCUCAUGCUAAAUGAUAGUGAAACUGAAAUGAUGAUAGUUGGCACAGCUAAGCAAACAAUCAACCUUAACUUAAAUUGUGUUUCAGUUUGAGACUCUGAUACAACCAUCUGUUAGUGCUAGGAAUCUUGGUGUGCAUUUUGAUAUAGAGUUGAAUAUGAAAAAACAUAUCACUACUGUUUGUAAAUCGGCAUAUUACAUGGUCUAUAACAUUCGUCGUAUUCGAAAAUAUUUAGAUAUGGAUGUUAAUACGAAAGAAAUUGUUCAUGCAUGCAUCAUUAGCUAAUUGGAUUACUGUAUUAGUCUAAUGUAUUUGAUCCCUGACUCUCAAUUAUUGAAAUUUCGGCAGACGAAGUGUAAAACUCUUAAGAUAUUUGAUGAAAACAUAAUUGACCAAUAGGAUCAUUUGAAUUAUUUUAUUACAUUUUGAUUAAGAUGUAUUUAUUUCAGCUUUUUCAAAUGAAUGUAAAGCAACUAAUUUCAUGAAUAAUCUUGUUUAAUUUCUUUAAUUUGAAACCAAGGGCUGCUAUGGAGUUGCAGUUUAUAGUUACUUUUUUAUAAUUACCAUUUCAAAUUUAUCAUUAUUAUUAUUAUCAUUGUAAUUGUUAUCUAAAUUACUUUCUUUCUUUUGUCAUUUAUUCGUUUUAUUUUGCUUUUAUGUAGAUUACUUAUUUUAAGCUCGCUUCCGUCCGUCUCUUGCAUAUAGGUUAUGUUAAUUAAGGCGCGAUAGCUCAGUCGGUAGAGCGGGGGUUUCGGAUUCCGGUGACCCGGGUUCGAUUCCCAAAUGGUGCGCUAGUGCCCUUUGGUAAGGCAUUUAUCCUCAUUACCAGGUCCCUCGGAGAGGACCUUAAGCCGUUGGUCCCCUGGUUGCUUGCUCACAGGCAUUCGUGCUUUCUUAGCAGUCAGGUAAAAAACAUCGGUAAACCCAGACAUGCCAGAUUGAUUUGAAUCCCCCGGGCAAAGACUGGCAAUACCAUUGAAUUAAUAUUGAAACUAAGUUUAGGGACUUGCUUUUAUACAAGUUCUCUCUUGGCAAGUCCCUCCGCUCAGUUAAUUCGUCUUCAAUAUUUGUUACGAAAUGUCAUUGAACUGUAUAUGCAUCAUUUUGAACAUGUACUUGUACUGUUACUUCGAUUAUAUUAUUUUGUUGAACGGAAAGAAAUAAAUCUAAUCUAA